AUGUGGCCAUCGGACGCUCCGUUCCAGGACGGCGACGAGGUGCAGCUGACCAACCUCUCCAAGGCCCACCUCAACGGCGCACGCGGCGUCGCCGUCGGCUACGAUGCAGAGCGCGGUCGCAUCUCUGUGCGGCUCGUCGAUGGCGGGCCGCCUCUCGCGGUCCGGCCAGCCAACCUGGUCAAGGCGGCGCCGCUGGCCGCCGAGGAGGAGGGCGGAGCGACGGACGACGAAGCGGAGCAUGCGGCGUGGCUCGCAGCGCUUCCGCAGAUGACGGCGACGCAGCUCGGCGCCGAGCUGCUCGAGGCCGCGCGGUACGGCGAGGAGCGCGAGGUCGGCGAGCUGCUCGCAGCAAAGGCGGACGUGAACCACCUCGACGGCAACACCGCGCUGCACCGCGCCUGCGCCAACGGGCACGUCGCCGUGGUGCAGCAACUGGCGGCGGCGGGCGCUGCGCUGCUCGCCAACGAGUCUGGCAACUCGCCGCUCCACUGGGCGGUCCAGCACGCCUCGGCGCCGCUGGUGGCGGCGGCGUUCCCUGGCGCCGACGUCCUCGCCCGCAACGCGUUUGGAAAGUCGGUCUCAACAGAGGCGUUCGCUCGCAACGUGCUUGCACAUGACUCUGCGGCGGCGCUCGACCCCGAGGCGAACGCCGCGACGCCGGACGCGCUGACUAGCGAGCUCCCCCCCCCUUCCUUCCUCCUGCUCCUCUCGUUCCCAUCGUCAUCGCGUGUUCUCACUGUCCGGCUGCGCUGCCGCGAGCUCUCCUCCAUCGGCGGCGACGACCCGUCGGCUGUCCGCCUCGCUGCUGCUGGCUCGCUGGGCGCCGCCACGACGACCAUCACCGACCUCGCCGACCACACCAUGCGCAACAUCGAGCACAACAUCGACCUCAACCGCAGCGGCGGCACCGGCGCAACGCGGGGCGAGGGAGCGGCGGACGCCACAGCGGUGGCGGGGGGAGCUGCGGCGGCGGCGGCGGCGGCGGCGGCGGCCGGGGCGGGUGGGUCGGUGGGGGGGGAGGAGGAUCGGGAGGCGGGUGGGGCGGCUGGGGGGCGCAUGACCGCAGCGGUGGUGGACUGGGGGGACGCUGCGACCUGGCCGAGCGGUGCAGACAUCGUCCUCGGGUCAGACCUCGUCUACGCGCGGGAGGCGGUGCCGCAGCUGCUCGCGCUGCUGCCUGCGCUGCUGCCGGAGGGGGGGGGAGGCGCCUUUUACUACGUCGCGCCGGAGACGGACCGGCUGGGAGAGGUGGAGUUCUUGGACGGCCUAGUCGGCCUGGGCUGGUACCGCACGGAGGAGGCCGUGCCCCAUCGCUUCAUGGACAACGUCCUCGACGGCGUCGCCAACGAGGACUUCCGCAACCUCUUCCCCGAGUUAGCCACUCGCACCUACACCCUCUACACCUUCACCCGCCACCCGCCGCCCACGCAGAGCGCGCCCUCGCUCGCCGCCGCCGUCCCGCUCCCCGGCUUCGCCAUCGCCGCCGCCGCCGCCGUCCGCCAGCCGGACCACGACUAG